AAUGUUAACUUAUACAAAUUGAGAUUUCCCACUCUAUCUCUUCACAAUUCUAUUAUAAAUUAUAUGAAUACUAUGAUUUUCAAAUAUGUCCGAGGUAUUAGGACGAAAAGGAAGGAUCAUAACAUUUAGUAUUCCAUUGAAAGAUUUAUAUACAUUAAUUGUUAAAUUGAAACAAUAAAUUUUUAUUCAUACAUGAAUAAAUCAGUCGAAAUCAGCUAAUGGAAACAUAAUAAUAAACACAAGUGCCUCAAAUCUAAAUCUUCUAAAUACGAAAUUUGACAAAAGUUGAUCUAUACAAAAUUAAAAUAAUAAAUAUUGUGUAUAGAUACUUACCUUUUUCAUAAGAUCUUAUUCUGCAAUGAAAAUAGACUGAUAUUAUACAAGAUAUAUUACUCUUUUAAUAAUAAUCGUCGAAACGUUAUAUCUUAAUAAUGAUAAUUAAUUUUUGGUAAUUUCAUAAAGUACAUGUUCUUUAUGUACAAAGAAUAUUAAUGCAAAUGAUUAAAUUUAUUUGCCCGCAAUAGUAUUAUCACAAUUAAAGUGAUUAUUGAUAUUAUUUAAAAAUUCAUUGAUACAAGAUUGUCAUAAUGAAUCCCUUAUUUAAAAUCCUUUUCUUAAAUUGUUGGAGCAAUAUUUAUUUGAUAAUUGGAAUAUGUAUGGGUUUAAGUCUCAGUUUGUUUCUGAUACCAGUUAAUGAUUUUGAAAAUGAAGGAAAAAUGGAAUAUUCAUUUCAAUUAUCAAAUGCGCAUGAGGCUAAUGACGAAUAUGAACCUAAAGUAAAUAUAGCUAAUAAACCAUUGCAAGCACGAAAGAUACCAAAAAUGUUUGUACGUCCAAGAUAUUAUUCUACAGAACUUGGAAUUAGAGAAAAGCUUUUUGUGGGAAUAAUAACUAGUCGAAUGUAUUUGCAUAGUAGAGAUAUUGCAAUCAAUAAGACAAUUGCACAUUUAGUGGACAAAGUACGUUAUUUUAUCUCAAUACCAGAGGGUGUAAAACCUAACGUAUCUCUUCCUGGUAUAGUAGGUUUUACAGAUACCAGAAGUAUUUUAAAGCCAUUUCAUGUCAUGAAAUAUAUUACUGAUAAUUAUUUAGAAGAUUAUGACUAUUAUUUUCUUAUUAAAGAUAUUAGCUACAUUAAUGCAAGAAAGUUGAUUAACUUUGUAUCUAAAAUUAGUGUGAGUCAAGAUGUUCAUGUGGGUAUACCAACUGAUAUACAAACCUACUGUUCUCUAGAUUCUGGUAUCCUUCUAAGUAAUUCAAUAAUUCAAGAAAUUAAAACAAAUUUAGAUUGGUGCGUACAAAAUACAUACUCAGAUAUAGAUGAUAUUAAUUUUGGACGUUGUAUUGUGCAUUCUUCAUCACUUCCUUGUACAAACCAAAUGCAAGGGCAGACAUUCUUAUCAAUAAAGUUAAACUCUGCAUUUAACUUUAAACAAGAUUUAUCAAAAUUACUUCUGCAAGAAAAUUUUUUAAAUUCACUCACUAUUCAUCCUAUUUAUGACCAUCUCAAUUUCUACCGUUUUCAUAUGUACAUAACAGUGAUGAAAUCCAUUGAUGGCCAACAAAAGAUUUUUGAUUUGCGUAAUGCUAUUUUACAAACUAAGCAUUUAGCACCAGUACAUGAACAUAAUAUAUCAUGGCCUAUUGGCAAUCGACCAGGAAACAAGCCUUUAACACGUUUUGAUGUUUUACAUUGGACAUAUUUUAAUGAAACACAUACUUUUUUUGAGACUGACUUUUUAAACAUACGAAAGUUAAAAGCAGAUGCAAAAUUUGAUAUAGAUCAUAUAAUAAAUACAAUUACUAAUAAAAUAAUUAUGGAAUAUGAUCAAAGGCUAGUGUUUCAAAAAUUGAUAAAUGGUUAUAAGAGAUUUGAUGCAUCUAGAGGAAUGGAUUAUAUUUUUGAUCUUUCUUUUAUUGAAGUAACUACUGGAAAAGAAUUAUAUAAGAGAGUGGAAGUAUGCAAGCCAUUAGGAAAAGUUGAAGUUUUAUCAGUCCCAUAUGUAACAGAAAAUACAAGAAUUAAUAUGAUAUUAAUUGUAAAUACAAACAAUAAAGAAGAUGUGUUAACUUUUAUGGAAUAUUACGAAGAGAAUUGUAUGCAAAAGAAAUAUAAAACUUUCCUUUUAUUGGUCCUCUUAUACAAUGUCGAAUCACCAUCAAAAGGGCAAGCCGAUAUAUAUUAUGGUAUUAAAAAAUAUGCUUUAAUGCUCUCAGAGAAAUAUAAAAAGGAACAGUCAAAGGUUACAUGGCAUUCAAUUCGUUUACCAAUCAUUAUAGAUGCUAUUGAAAUAGAUCCUAUGCUUAAAAUUGCUAUUACAGAUUUAUGUAUUAAAAAAUUCUCUCCUGAGAGUUUAAUUCUCUUUGUUGAAACUGGUAUGGAUUUGAAAUUAGAUUAUUUAAAUAGGGUUCGUAUGAAUACUAUAAAUCAAUAUCAAAUAUUUAGUCCAAUUCCAUUUGUUGCAUAUCAUCCUGACAUAACAUAUACCGAUGAUAAUAAACAUAUUGAAGUGGACGUUAAUCAUAAUUAUGGAAGAUACGAUGAAUAUAAUUACAAUAACAUUGCGUUUUAUGUUAAAGAUUACAUUGCAAUGAGAAAGGCUGUUGAAACGAGUAUUUCGUUAGCUCGUUCUGAUAAAGACAUCGCUGCUCUUUUGGAGCUUUCAAAAAAUAAUCCAAUUACUUCUAUAUUUGACAUGUUUGUAUCUUUUAGUGACAUACAUACACUUCGUGCGGUAGAACCGGCAUUGAAGAUAAAAUAUAAAGAUAUACGGUGUAUUAGUACUCUUAACAAUGAUACUUACACAAUGUGUGUUAAACAAAAAAAUAUUCAUUUGGGUCAGCGUAGUCAGCUUGCUAAGCUUAUAUUGGAUUACAAAAAUUAUCAAAAUUAAUUUUAUUAUAUUUAGUUGUUAUCACAACUACAUUUUGUGAAUUAGUAUAUUACUUAUACACUAGAAGUAUAUAAUAAUAAGAUUAAAGAAUGUUAGUUAUUUUUAGUUGAUUUUCAUGGUUCUUGCUUUUUUUCUUUAUAUUACUCAAUGUUAUUUUUUCUAUAAGUAAAAAGAUUUAGUCAAUAUAUGAAGUACUUUUCCGAAAUAGUUACAGCAUUGUAAAGGGCAUUAAAUUUAAAACAUGAAAUUUUUACAAUUAUUUAAAAUGAUUUAAACAAUUAUGUUUACAUCUCAAAUGUAUUACAUUUGAAAUAAGAUAAAGUAUUAAUCUGAUAUAUGACACAUUGAUAUUACCAAAGUUAUAACUAUAUAAUAUUAAUAAUUUUUUUAUUCAAAAAAAUGUAUUUUUUAUAUAAAGUUUUAUUCAGAAUAAAUGAAAUUACAUAAUAAUAGUUAUGUUGUGUGUGGUAAUUGUACACUCUCUUAGAUAUUUUUAAUAUUUGAAGAGAUUAAGAUUAAUAUUACGAAUUGCAUAUUCUGAGCGUAUAUGCAAUCAACCCAAUCACUCGUACAUGCGUACAUGUAAACACACACGCAAACAUUUACUCAAAUUGUACGUAUAAAUUGUAUAAGCCGGCUUUACCCUUGAUUGUUAAAUGUGCCCUUCAUCACAGUCGCUGAUAUAACUCAACAUAAUACGAUCUUAUAUCAUUUUUUUAUUUAUUUAUAACAUCGUAUUAAUUUGUAAUGUCUUAAUACUUAUCGCGUUCUUUAAAGAAACAUAUCCGUGCAUCAUAGUUCAAUUUAUUUCAAUAAAUUUAAAUUGAAAGUUUAUUGGAACUAAAUUAUACCCGGAACACGAUAAUGUUUGUCUUUCCUUAAACGUUUUAGACAACAUAAGAGUAUAUACAUAAAAUUAAAAAAAAAUAUAUAUAUAAUAAUAAUAAUAAUAAUAAUAAUAAUAAUAAUAAUAAUAAUAAUAAUAAUAAUAAUCUGAUAAACAAUCGCUUAUUAGUUAUUUAUCGAGUAUUUCUAAAAAGAUUACUGAUUUUAUUAACUAAAUUACAAUUGUAUCAUAAUAACCAUCCAUAUUGCGCCGCAGAUUUGCCUAGAAAUCAUAUACCUUAAUUAAUAUAGGAUUCCCUUACAUACAAUAUAUUGAUAUAAUAUAAAGAAUAAUACAAAGAUAUUAAAAUAAUAUAUACUAAUGCUGAAUAAUUGCGCUUCAUUUUUUUUAACUGUAAAGUCAAACUUACUAGUUCUAUAUUAAGGCAGUAAUUAUUUUUGGAACUGAAUUUGUGCAUGCGCUUGUACGAGAUCAGGUGUACCUAACGAUGAUUAAUUAUAAAUGAUUUAUCGGUAUAUGAUAAUGGCCAUAACAUUAUUAUUAAUUUAUUUGUGUCAAUAUAAAAAAAGAAACAAAAUAUUUCAAAAUUUUAAAUUUAAUUUUAAGGAGAUUAUUUACAAAUUAUUUGAAUUUACUAAUACCUGCAACAAGCAUAUUUGUAUCUAGAUUCUUUAAUGUUUUAUAUUACAAAUUUUUAAGAGGAUUAAUUAUGAUUUUUUAAAAUAUUUUUAUGUUAUUAUUAGGUACACCUCCUUAGUACAAGAUAUGUUAGAAAUGUUUGUACCGUUUAUUUAUACAAAGGUGGUUCAAGCAAUUAAAAUGGAAUUAAAUAUUCAAUUAAAAUAAAAUAGCAUAAAGUGAUUCUUGUUUAACUAAGGUCUGUUAUAAGAUCUUACUCUACAACAUUUUUUAUAUAUUUUUUUGAUA